GGGUUCACGUCACCGCCCUGUUGGCAGACCACGGUAACGUUAGGCGUGAACCCUGUACAAAUACUGACAGGUUCCCUCGGGCAGGUAUCUUGUUCCGUACCGCCUUCCUCAGGCGAACAGACAUGAAUGGAUUACUAGGUGCAGCUAGUUCGAUUUUUGACACUCGCCUGCACAAUGGACGUCGACCGAACCAAGCACCCAAGUUCGCAUUACCUCACCUUUUUCUCCCAUUCCCUCCCGUGUGUCUGUUUCCCAGCACACACCACCGUCUCUUGAAUCGCGUACCUCGUCCUCAGGUAUUCCUCAAGGGCCUCGUCUCUGCUUCUACUGCGUACCCAAGGUACCCGUACGCAGUAGAUCUGACCAUACAGUGCUCGCCCUGUGUACAACAACCGUCUCCGACGCAGGCAUUGGCAGGCGCUUCCUCGAAAUUUUCUCAAUUGCCCUUGGAAAUCAGGAAGGAACAUGGGUGCUUGUACCUUCCUGGCUUGCUGCGCAGCAGACUGUCGCGCGGUCUCUCCCCGUCUCUCUUCUUCUUUUGCGCGGUCCUGGGCUGUCUGCGUAAUUUAUUCUUGCUUCUGCGUGUAGGUGUGCAUGGGAAAAUUUCCUUCUCUUUCGGAAUUUCCUACCUUUGCCUUCCACAUCCCGCUUCUCUGCCCAUUGGGCCCUGCCUCUUCUUCGUCUUCGUCAUCAAUCUGCCGCUGACCUGUUCUUUGACUGCACGGCUGACUCUGACUCGACCAAAAUUCCAUCACUGAGAAUCAGUCCUCGAAACGGGACACACAAGCAACAAUCCGGCAAAUCCUCUGAUAUUUAUUACCUCAGCCCCAAAGUGGAUUGAGUGCAAAAAAGGAAAGAAGCAAAACGGGUCACCCUCCCACGUCCACCUCCCACACCUUCCCAGUCACCCACCACACUGAUUUUCACUCUCUUGCAUCC